GUACAUUGAUAGAAAGAGUGAUUCUCCGGGUGAAGCAAUGUGUUUGGAUGACAAUCUCCUCAUGACAGUUCAUGACUACCGCGAUGCCAUUUAUGGUGGCCUGCUUGCUCAUAAACGUGUCGUUCAGAGGCUCCAACUAGCCGCCGCUGAAAG